GCUUUACUUGGGAGCUGACGAGCGUUUGCGCCAAAGAUUCACAGGAGAUCACAGAUGACGACCGGGCGGCGUUGCUUUCUGCGUGUGAGACAAGCUCCUCUACGUGCAUCAUCAUCACCCACGGCACGGAUACGUUGAUCGAGACCGCCAAGUAUUUGGGCUCUCAACACCGAGCUCACCCAGGAUUGCAUUGGGGUCGCCUGACGUGCGCUAUUUGA